UCUUGUUUAUUUUUUUUUUGUCCCUUCAAUUCAUAAAAAAUUCCAUCCCUUUUUUCAUCCCAAUUAGAAAGACUUGAAUCUCGAUUAAAGUUUGAUCUGUAAAUAUAUAAUAUAAUAUAUUUUCUGUAUAGAUAACAAUUGAAAAAGAGCUGUUGAAUCACAGGAAAAUUGCUGCCGUUUGUCUCUUUUUCUUGUGUUCAUUGUUUAGAGGCGAUUGAUUAAUUGAAUAAAUGGAGGUUUCUUGGUUUAAAGAGCUCGAUUUUCGUCUUGUAUGAGGCGUAUUCUUGUUUAUUAAUUGGGUCUUUGUCUUUUGGUUGGUGGGUUCUUACUUUAAGCUCAACUUGAAGGGUUUUGGGGUCAACGAUUCAAGGAAACCUAACCAAACAAGCAUCUGAAGCUGCUUAAUUUGAUCCGAAUUGAAGGUUUGUUUCUUGAGAUCAUAAGUUUUUUCAUGAGGAAUCGUUUAACUUACAGUAGCCCAUGUACAGUUUCCAUUUGUGAUUUCUGUAUUACGCACGAUUGAAACAGGGUAUACGAUUAGGGUUUCUGAAAAUUUUGAAUCUUUCAUGACUACUCGUAAUGGAGCUUUCCUCUUUUGCUAGAUCUAAAGAUUUGUGAUUUUAGGGUUUCGAGACGAUUUCAUUCCUCCAUUUCUGGGUUCCAAAAUGUCGAAAAGUUUAGUGAUCGGAUUCUUGAUUGCUUCUUUGAUUCUAACAGUUUCGUUAGCUAACGAGAACGAAUUCGCUCACUGUCACUGUGACGAUGAAGGAUCAUGGAAUGCACAUAUAAUCGAAAGCCAAAGAGUAAGCGAUUUCUUGAUCGCAAUCGCGUAUUUUUCAAUCCCACUCGAAUUACUCUACUUUCUCAGUUGUUCAAAUGUCCCUUUCAAAUGGGUACUCGUUCAAUUCAUAGCAUUCAUCGUUCUCUGUGGAUUAACCCAUUUGAUCAACGGCUGGGGGUAUUACGGAAAUCAAACAUUCCAGCUCAUGAUGGCACUCACCGUCGCCAAAUUAUUAACCGCCCUUGUUUCCUGCGCCACCGCAAUUACCCUUUUGACCUUAAUUCCAUUACUACUCAAAUUCAAAGUCCGAGAACUUUUCUUGAAACAAAACGUAUUGGAACUCGAUCAAGAAGUCGGAAUCAUGAAAAAACAAAAAGAAGCCGGGUGGCAUGUUCGUAUGCUUACACACGAGAUUAGAAAAUCAUUAGAUCGACAUACAAUUCUAUAUACCACUUUAGUCGAGCUUUCAAAUACUUUGGUUCUUCAAAAUUGUGCUGUAUGGAUGCUAAACGAUGCAAAAACCGAAAUGAACUUAACCCAUGAGUUAAGACCUAACUCCUCUGGUUACCACUCUUCAAUUCCGAAAAACGACCCUGAUGUUUUAGAGAUAACAGGUAAAAAAGGGGUUACAAUGUUGAGGGUAGAUUCGGAACUUGCGGUAAAGAGUCGGGGCGGAAUAGCUGAAUCUGGUCCGGUCGCGGCAAUCCGUAUGCCGAUGCUUCAUGUUUCCAAUUUCAAAGGCGGAACUCCGGAAUUGGUGGACACAUGUUACGCGAUUCUGGUGUUGGUACUUCCUGAUUCCGACCGGAAAUGGAGUUUUGACGAGAUGGCGAUCGUGGAAGUCGUGGCGGACCAGGUGGCGGUUGCGUUGUCACACGCGGCGGUUCUAGAAGAAUCUCAAACAAUGCGGGACCAACUUGUGGAACAGAAUCGCGUAUUACAACACGCGAAAGAGAACGCGAUGAUGGCAAGUCAAGCAAGAAAUUCUUUCCAAAAAGUAAUGAGUCAUGGAAUGAGAAGACCAAUGCAUUCCAUCAUGGGUCUUUUAUCGAUUCUUCAAGAUGAUCAAAAAAACACAAAUCAAACGAAUAUAAUCGAUACGAUUUCGAAAACGAGUAGUGUUUUAUCGACUUUGAUAAAUGAUGUAAUGGAGAUUUCUGCUAAAGAUACGGGUAGGUUACCUUUGGAAAUACGGCCGUUUCAAUUACAUUCCAUGGUUAAAGAAGCUUGUUGUCUUGUGAAAUGUUUGUGUAUUUAUCAAGGAUUUGGAUUUUCCAUGGAAGUACCGAGUUCCAUUCCGAAUUUGGUUAUGGGUGAUGAAAUGAGGACUUUUCAGGUUUUGUUACAUAUGGUUGGGCAUUUGUUGGAUGUUAGUGAAGAAGGGAGGUUGGUGAUGUUUAGGGUUAGUUUAGAGAAUGGGAAUGAGGGUCGGAAUGAUAAAGUUUGGGGAACGGGAAGAUCAGGUUCCGUUGAUUUUGUGAAUGUGAAGUUUGAAAUUGGAACCGGUGAUGGUGGUUUCCAAUCGGAAUUAGCGAUUCCGAGUAUGCAUUCCGGAGUUAAGAGACAAAACGCGGGUGGAGUCAAGGACAGCUUGAGCUUUAGUAUGUGUAAAAAACUCGUUCAGAUGAUGCAAGGAAAAAUAUGGAUGUCAUCAAACUCAAAAGGCAACAUACAAAGCACGACACUCGUUCUCAAAUUCCAAAUCCAACACGCCUUCAAACGGCCCCCACACUUUGACCUCACAAACUACGUUGACCAACCAAAGUCAAACUCAAUCUUCAGGGGCCUUCAAGUAAUUUUAGCCGACGAUGAUGGCGUAAACCGAAUGGUAACAAAAAAACUCCUCGAAAAGCUCGGUUGCCACGUCACCACGGUCUCAUCCGGAUUCGAAUGCCUAAGUUCACUGGGGCCCACAACGACCCCAUUCCAUAUCGUAAUCUUGGAUCUUCAUAUGCCCGAAAUGGACGGGUACGAGGUUGCGACAAGGAUCCGGAAGUUUCGGAGCCGUAAUCGGCCGUUAAUUGUUGCGUUGACUGCAAGUGCAGAAGAACAAGUGUGGGAGAGAUGUUUGCAAGUGGGGAUGAAUGGAGUGAUCCGGAAGCCCGUUUUGUUACGGGGUUUGGAGAAUGAACUUAGAACCGUUUUGCAACGGGCGGGUGAACGGUUAUCGAGUUAGUAGAUAUAUGAUAAAAGAACUAACAUUUAUUUGGGGUUUUUAUACGACCUUCUCAUUGAUGGAAAAUGCUUGCUUAAAAGCUUGUUGAAAUUGUGUUGAACAUUUAAAACUAUAAAGUGACAUGAAUACAUAGAUUUAUUUUAGCUUCUUUUGA